AUGGCCAACGUCAAGGAAGUCCAGCGAAUCAUUGACAACAACAAUGUUGUCGUCUUCUCCAAGACCUGGUGCCCCUACUGCAAGGCCACCAAGGCGAAGCUGAACGAGCUCAAGGCCCAAUACGAAGUCGUCGAGUUGGACAACCGAAACGACGGUGACGACCUCCAAGACGCCCUCCUCGAAAUCAGCGGCCAGCGCUCCGUCCCCAACAUCUUCUUCGCCCAGCAGCACGUCGGCGGGAACUCUGACCUGCAGGAGCUCGACAAGCGCGGCGUGCUCAAGAGCCGCCUCGAGGAGGCCGGCGCAUAUGCGUAA